AUGUCGAUCGACAUCCAUUGGGACACGCUGACCGGCGGGGCCGACGGUGCUGCGUCGGCCGAGACGGUGCGCGCCUUCAUCCACGACAGGUUCCAGCAGGUGACGCUGCCGCGCUUCAUCCGCUCCGUCCACGUCCAUUCCUUUGACUUUGGCUCUGUCGCCCCCGACGUCGAGAUCAAGGACAUUUGUGACCCCCUGUCCGACUUCUAUGAGGAAGACGAUGAUGACACGGCCUCGGACGCUGUGCCCCACGAGAGGGCCUCGCGGGAACGCAGACCGCGCGAGCCUAAAACCAACGAGUCGCCAUGGAGCCCCCCACGCCCUGCGCCUCAUCUUGACUCCAGACUAACCACCGGCCUCCGCACUGGAUUGGCCCUCGGCGAACAGCUAGGCAACUCGCUCUCCAGAGCGGCCACGCCUGGCAUUCCUGGUGGCACUUCGAACAUGAGCUAUUUCCACCUGCCACUCGGCGCCGGCCUGUCAGGUACCACUACCCCUUUCGCUGCUGUCGCUGGCGCACAGUUCCAAAACGGAUGGCAUGACUACUCUCAUCACACGGAGCCGCCGCACACGCCUCGCAACCACUCGGCCGCCUCCAUCAGCUCGAACACGCCACCCUCGACCGCAGACCUUGAUUCGCGGCCUCAAUCCCAGCAUCAACAAGAUCCCGCCACAGAUGCAGAAAACUACAAGUCACAGCGCCAUGACAGCAACAGCAGCAGCGCCAGUCCCUCGCCGGCUGCGACACCUCGCAUGCGCGAAGCAAGCCCCGAAGACAUACAAGUCGUAUCUCGCGUGCGCUACUGUGGAGAUAUCAGAAUGGUGCUGACUGCCGAAAUCCUCCUCGACUAUCCAAUGCCUAGCUUCGUCGGCAUCCCACUCAAACUGACAGUCACUGGCUUGACCUUCGAUGGCGUUGCAAUCUUGGCUUACAUCAAGAAGCGAGCGCACUUCUGCUUCCUGGCGCCAGAAGAUGCCGAAGCCCUAGUCGGAAGAGAUGCCGAGGAAGCCAACCUGGCAGACAUGCAGCCCCGGCGCAAGACGGCCGGUCUUCUUGAAGAGAUACGGAUUGAGAGCGAGAUAGGCCAGAAAGAGCACGGGAAGCAGGUGUUGAAGAACGUGGGCAAGGUGGAAAAGUUCAUCUUGGAGCAAGUGCGCCGCAUCUUCGAGGACGAGUUUGUCUACCCAAGCUUCUGGACAUUUCUCGUAUGA